AUGACUUCAAAAGAGCACGUUUUGCCAAAAGCCGAAGUUAUUGAUGCGUGUAAAAAAGGCGAUUAUGGCAAAGUUGCCUAUUUUUUAUCGGGAAGACGGAGCAAGAAAUCACGAACACCUUUGAAGUUUUUCCGCUCUUCUUCUGAUUCACAUUGGCUUGUUGAAUAUCGCGAUGAAAAAUCACAAUUAUCACUUCUACAUCAUUCAGCAUUAGAGGGACAAAAUGAAAUUAGCAAGUGAGUUUAUUUAUUUGAAAAAAAAAACAGCGAAAAAUAAUGAAAUCUGAUUUGAACUUUGUCUUGGAGAAAAAAAACAACUCCAAAAUUGAAAUCAGAUAACCCAGAUCUAUUAUUGGGAUCUUUGAAAAAGAACCCCUCAAGUCAAACUUGUUUUUUUUCAGAUUAUUGAUUGAUUUUGAGCCACUUCUGAUUCUUGCAAAAAGCACCAAAAAUAUUCUACCAAUUCAUUUGGCCUCGUGGAAUGGACAUUUGGAAAUUGUGAAGGUAAUUCUUGAUUGUUUGGGCAGUUCCAUUUUAUAAAUAUUUUCUAGGGAAUUUUGCUAACUCAAAAAAUAAACCAAGAAAUGUGAGAGUCUAACAAAACCUUAUAUUUCAAAAUUCUAGAGUGCUCAACUCGUGAGAAACUAGUCAUUUUUUCAAAAACUGAAUUUUUUGAGUGUUCAAGUUUUUUUCCAGAAACAUCAUUUUCGAAAUUUUUCAGAAAAAAUCCAGUUUUCAAUCCCAAUAUUUUUCAGAUGAUGUUAUUCGUCCGUCUCGAUAAACCAGUUGAUCUUGUGAACCAAGUGAAUAUUUUCAAUGAAACUCCUCUUCAUCUUGCAAUUCAAAGAGGACACAUGAAUGUUAUUGCCUAUCUUUUGAGAGUUAGUUUUUUUUCUCUAUUUCUUUCUCUGACUGGGUGGGAUAAUUUACAUUUUUUUCCAGAAAAACGCAGAUCCUUUCAUCCGCAAUGAGAAUAAAGAAAAUGUUUUGGAUGUUGCUGCUAGAAUAGGACAUCCAACUGCUAUACGACUUCUCUGUCAGACAUGGCCAGAUUUCCCGGUUACGGUGAGUACAAAUGAUUAUAUUUUCAUAAAUAUUCAGUCAACAAAGAAACUUUAGAGUGCCUAUGAAUCAUUGAAAGUUGAAACAGCGGAACAUCGUAGACCAUUCCCGGCAAUUUAUCCAUUCCACCUCGCUGCAAAACACAACCAUGUUGAUUGCAUGAAGGUAAUAAAACUUUUUUUUUUAUUUCGCAACAAAUCUCAAUUUUCAAUAGAUUCUCCGUGAAUUUGGAUUCUCUCUUGAUUAUACCACUGAAGAUGGAACUGCAUUGCAUGUGGCUGCUGCUUGUGGUCAAGUUGAUGCUGUCAGAUAUCUUUUGCGAGAAGGAAUCAACACAAAUAUCAAAAAUCAACAUGGUCAAACUGUUCUCGAGAUGAUUAUUGAUCUUCAAGAGAAUCGUCGUCCUGAAAUUGCACAAUUUGUAAAAAACCCUGAAGGCUGGAAAGAAUGUCGUGCAAUUAUUGAAGGACUUGAUAACAAUAAAAAUGAUUCUGGAAGAGAAACUGAAGGAAGUGAUAGUGAACCAAUCUGGCAACAACUUCCACCACAAGCAAGUGUUCAAUAUUAUCCAGAUCAACGCAAGAAUAAUCGAUCAAUAUAUAGACCACCAUCGGUGUCAGCAAAAUUAAGAGAAUCUUCUCCGGAACCAUCAGAUGUUAGCGUGAAAUCUGAUUUUGAUUAUGCUUCUGGUACUUUGAUCAGAACAUGGAACAGUAAGAUGUAUGGUAAGUAAAUUUUUAAUUAAAACUGGAGCAACUAAACUAUACAAAACUUUAUUCAUCAAGUUUAGCGACCUAAUUAUAUUUGUUUAAUUUUCAGACGAACAAACUGGUGCGCCACGUUUCCCAAAAACAAACCCAUACAGUAACAACAAUCGACAUCAUUCAUUCAACCGUGCCAGUGACACUCUUCCAGUUCGUUUCAAUCAAAAUCGAACGAAACCAUCGCCUCCAAGACCAUCAAUAUUGCCAACAUCUUCACCAUAUAAAGGAAAAUUGCCAAAAGAACCGCCGCUUUAUGAUGAUUGGGAAAAGAGUAGAGGAUUCAAAACUAUUCAUCCAGGAGCAUAUGAUAAUGUUCCACGUGAAAUACUGAAUCAAGAAUUUGGAAAACUGUCAAUGAAACGGCAAUCUGGUUAUUCAACUCUGCCAACAGGUUGGUUUACUGAACUUGUGAAACUUUUUAAUUUUCAGAAGUUAUUACAGCUCAUCAUUUGAAAGGUGCUCCAGUUCGUCCUACUUUACGUGAAGACACUUUCCAAGUUGAAACUACUCCAACAAAUGACAAUAUUUAUAAAAAUCGUAUGUUUUUCUUCCAUUUUAUCCAAUCAUUUCUAAAUUAAUUCAGAUUUCACAAUGUCGCGCACAACUUGUGACAGAGAGGAUUCAUUAGGCCUUACCCAAUCUCCACGACUUGAUACUCGAGCUAGCAGUGUUACCUCGUCACUAACUUAUGCUUGUUCGACACUUGAGAAAACUGAGCCAAAAUAUCCGAGCACUUCGAGGGCACCACUUGCGAUGCCAGAAGAAAUAACUGGAAGUGUUAGUGGAACUCUUUUCAUGAACAGUCCUGAAAGAGAAACCAACAAUAUCACUGCUAUUUAUUUGGGUGGAGAAACUCAACAAGAUGGUGAAAAGACGCCGGAUAGUCCACCGUCACCAAACACCUCAAAAGCUGUUAUUUUUGGCGCACUCUGUGGAAUUAAGGUAAAACUAUAUUAUACAAUUUUGAUGAUAUAACCGAAAAUAUUUUCAGCCUGAUCAAAAUGCAUCAUUUUUCGCCACUCAUAUUGGUCUAGGAUCAACGGCUUCUUCAACACUUAGCGAUGUGAGUACUGGAUCUCCGGAUUCUCCACCACAACAGUCACCAACUCAAGAAUCAUCGGAGGGUGUUCGAAUCCGUCGCUACAACGGAACAACUAAUAUUUUCAACGCAUCGGAAUCUUCAGCAUCAUCUUCAUCAUCAAAUGAUGAGAAAAAGCUAAGAGAAGAAGCAGAAUGGAAUAAGGUUACAGAAUUGUUUGAAACUUUUGGAGCCGCACCAUGUCGAGAAAGUGUUUUUGUUCGAGAUUAUGAGCCAAGAGUAGCUGUUUAUUUGAGAGAUCGCGGAUCAAAAGCGCUGACUCUUCAGAUGAUUGAUAAUGUUGUUGGAGAGCAAAGAAGUAUUCAAAUUCCUUCGAGAUUGAUGACUGUUGCUGAAUGGCUCGAAACUGAUGUUGGACUUUCGAAUAGAGAAGCAAGACAUAUUGGAGGACUUUUCGAAAAAUAUGGCUAUGAUCGGUACACACAAUUGGUAAGUUGUAGAUUAUUGUCUCAAAGAAGUUUUUCAUCACUAGAAAACACUUCCGAUUUUCAUUUGUUAUAAUGUUAUGCUUAAUGAUGAACUACUUUUUGCAGAAAGGAUGUUUGAAUUAUUCGGUAAUGGCUGGAAUGAGCAUUUCUGGAACAAAUCAACUUUUGAUUAUGAAUAUGGUUGAACAAAUGGUCGACAAACGUCCUAGCGCCAAUGGUUUCUUCUAUGUUAGUGAUUGGUUGAGCUCUUUGGAACUAACUGAUUAUUUGGGAAACUUCAUCAACUCUGGUUAUAAAAAUAUGACAGCGAUUGUUAAUACCGAUUUGGAUGAAAAUGUCUUGAAUGUAAGCUUCCAUAAUUUCCUUAUUCAUAUUUAUAAUUUAUCACUUUUAGAACAUUGGUGUCUAUCUUUCUGGCCACGUUGCUCGCAUUAAAUAUUCACUCCACCGAGCUCAUCAAGAAAUUCAAUUUCGUGAAACAUCCCCAACUGUGGCCCCACCGAGACCACCAAGGGUAUUGCCACCAAAACCUUGUGUUGAAUGCUCAAAAAUUGAUUAUGAGAGAAUCAAAAAAUUGAUGCUCACCGAUGGAUCGACAUUUUGUGCACACCAACUUGGUAUUCAUGAGCUCUCAAGUGUUCACGGUACAAAAGAAGCGCAUUUGACGAUGCAAGGAAUCAAGGAAAAUCUGAAAGAAUGGGAUUCAAUUCCGAAAGUUUUACUCGAGAUGAAUUGUAAUGGAAUAAGAGUUUAUGAUGCAAAGAAAAAGGUAUGUUGUUUAUUCUCGUAUAUUUGAAUCAAUAAAUGAUUUCAUCAUAUUUUCAGAUCCUUUUGGCUACUCAUAAAGUCUACAACAUCAAUGUUGUUUGUCAAGAUCGUAAAGAUCUCAACUUCUUCUCAUUCAUUGCAAGAGAUGAUCAAAAUCAUUUCUACUGCUAUACAUAUUGUGUUUUGACAUCUGUAAGUUUCCAGAUAUUUGAGAAAUCUUGAAAUUCGAUUUAUUUUUCAGGACAUCACAUUUGAAAUCAUCCAUACAAUUGGAAUGAUGUUCGAUAUUCGAAGGAGACUUGACAAAAACAUAUCACUCGAUACUCCAUUCAAUUGUUCUCAUGAGAAACGCUAA